AGAUGACGUUUACGCCGCCAUGUUUUCCUGUUGUCAUUGCAUUGCACCACUAACAUGUGUGCAAGAUCAGUGUUGAAGGACAUAACUGUUUAUUUAUCUUGUAGGAUAUUGUGAGCACGCGGAUUGGUGGUGGUGAAAGUGCUUUGAAAGAAAGAUGCUUAGAAAAAGUCGAAACCUAAAAUAUAUAUUAAGUCUCGUACCGGGAAAAAGACGAUUUGGGACGUACCGGUUCCUGCCCUUGUUCUUUUGUAUCGGGGGUGUUAUGGAAUGGAUCAUGAUUAACGUGAGAAUAGGAAGAGAAACAUUUUAUGACGUCUACAGAAGAAAGCAGUCUGAGAGGGAAUACCAACAGAAAAUAAGUGAGGGUCUGAUUGUCCUCACAGAAUCUGAUGCCAAAUGAUAAAGCAAGAAAAAGAGACUGAAUGAAAUAUGACUUUUCAGCAAAUGACUGUAAAUGUUUCGUGAACAUGAUUGGAGGGAGCCAAUCUGACAUAAUAAAAUGUCUGUUAUACUUGAAGAUAAAUAAUCAAAAAGAUGUAUCUUCGGACAACAGAUUGCAGAAACGUCUGCUGAUGUCUAUUUAUUAACCAGAAAUGAUUUCAAUAACACUUCUGUCUUGAUUUCUAAACAUUUUCUUGUUUUGGUUUUACGCAGUUUCUACAGUACAUACUUGUAGUAAUAUAUAACAAAACAAUAUAUCAAAAUGAUUACACUUUCAAGUCAAGCAAACAGUUGUCAUUGCAUAUAUAUGUCUCUUGCACAAUAUCUUAAUACUUAAAGCACUCAAAAUUCUGUAUAAAAGCUGUGAAAUCUUUGGGAACGUGCUGCUGUCUAACAUCAAAACAAUAUGUCAUAACAUUGGUUAGUUUGACCAUGAACAUUAACGUUUUACAUCCUGCUUAUCACUUAUAGUUUCCAAUGGGUAGAGAUCUCAGACAGAUGAAGCUGUUGGGAUACUGGGCCAGCAUUAUAGGGUUGCCAUCAAGUCGAAUCUCAAUUAUGUUGUGCCUAAUAUAAGCUGUGGUGUUUCCUCUGCAGAAAGUCUCAUCGGUGACUGUUGUUAUGUUGUUGUUCUGAAAAAAGACAAACAAAGAAAUAUCUGAAUAUGGAUGUGCUAAAUAUUGUAGUAUAAAUAAGAACAUGAUGUACGCAGUACUGAACACACUUGUAGAUGAACUACACGCAGGCUUUCAGGCAGGGGUGGAAUGAAAUCCAGCGCAUUAUCUCCAAGGUAAAGAUAAGCCAACUUGUUGAGUUUCUGUUCCCAAAGAUUGACAUUAUAAGAAUUAUUAAACCACUCACUUUAUGCAAAA